UCAAUCACCAUGGAUGUGUGCACAUACUCAUACAUAUUCACGCACGCACACACGCAACGUUAUUGAUUUAAUUCAUCGCCGGCUGACGUUAUUAACUUUAGCUUGGCAGCUGAAAGACAAUCAGACGUAAACCCAACUACAUUUAAAUGAGGCUGGCGUUGUCUCCCAGGCAUGGUACCUUGCUAAACUGCGGCAGAGACACAGACGAAUGCUUAAAAUAUGUUGCACCAGUAGCGCUUCUUUCCUCCUUAGAUUCCCCCACCCUCUCUCGUUUUCUUUCCCUCCCUCCCUCUGUCAGUCUCUUAUCCUCUCUCAAUCUCUCUGAGUUCUUUCCUUCGCCACAAGGGGCUGGAGUGGCGGCGUUCGUCGCUCCGUGUUCUCGGCUCUCUGGAACGGGGUCUCUCCAAAACCAGCGUGGCUGCAGAGGUAAUAGGACCGUAUAUGCCGCUCAGACUGUCCGCAGCUGCAGCGCCAAGGAACCCUACAUUUUUGGAAAGCGCAGCUCAGUCAACGGCAACUGUAGUUUUACCGAUCUACACCUCGAAUCGACAAGGAGCGCGUCAUACACAGCCACAAAUUCUUUAAAAGGCAUCUGAAAAGGAAGAUCAGCAGCGACAGACAGAACAGGAACUGAAAUGCUGCAGGCUAUCGAAGGAAAGCUCAGUGCUGCCGGAUGCCAGAAGAGGUCAGGUGAACACUGAAUGGGGUUUGCGUCCUUUCUCUGUAAACACCACGGCCAACGUCUGUUCGAGGCAUACACCAUUCUGAAGGAGACCACUGCACAGUGAUGGAUCUGAACAGAUGGGCAUACCUCAAGGAUGUUAUCGCCAUUCUGUUCUGACUGGGAACUCUGGAGACAGAAGCAGGAACCAAUCCAAAUGAUUUAAUCUGGUCCUCGAGAAGCUUGCGCAACCAGCGCCAGAAGCUUCAGUCCCGUUAUACCCUUACUAAUAAAGAAGACAAGUAUCUGAACACAGAGGCGGGGAAAAAAAAACAUUCUUUCCUUACCUUGACAAUAAAUAAGGAUACAAGUUAAAUUGAAAGAAUCAUGAUGCAGAAGGAUCUGAUGGUUCACAUAGAGGGUACACUGGACACACGAUUUAAGGUUCUAAGUCCAAAUGUUCCACGACUCAACUGACUGUGGAUAUGGUUCACGCGCUCAUUUUUUUCUCUUCUUGGUUGAAUCUCAGAUGGCUCAGAUAAUCCAGUAGGCUGCCACUUUCACCGCUGCUGUCGUUGGAGAGUGUGACCUAACAGUGGUCCUGUUUUGAGGAAUUCACGCUUGUGUUAUGCUCUUCAAAAAUGGGGAGGCUACUGCAAUUGAAAACGAGAUCGCUCCGCGUUCGCCACGUCGCCGCAGAGUUCGGCCUUACUUCGAUGGCCCUGUCUGGGAGAAAGGCCGCAGGUCUCUGUUCUCUUUCGUGGCCCCCAAUUCCCAGCCACGCCCGCUGUCAUUCACCGUAGGUGAGCUGCAUUAUGCCAGUUCCCCCAUGUCCGGCUGAUUUUGAACUCCAAAGUGGAAGAAGGAUCCCUCUUCCUUUCAUUUGUUUUGCGAUUGUGGAUCCACUUGUGGAUUUUUCAAAGCUGUUUACUCCAGAUUAAAUAAUUAUAUAAAUUAUUUUGGCAAACAUGACAGUAUAAACAUUCAAAUAUACCUAUGUCAUUUCUGAGAAGUCCCAACCUGGAUUGAAAUGGAAAUAUAUCUGCAUUGAUUUGGAAACUAAUUCAUUGAUGAUCUAAAGUUAGUAUAAUGUUGGAAACCGCUUUUGGGAGAGAAUCAUAGGUUGGAAACCUCAGAAGGUCAUCGGUUCACCUCUGGCCUUGGGGUUGGAUGUGAGUUUGGGCUACCGGCUGAAGAGCCCGAGCCACCUUUCGCACCCCGAUUCGUUUUCUCCAGCCCAUGUUGGACAGCGAGGGAUCUCUGUAAUGGCUCCUUCGGGGACAGCGGGGACCUCGUUGCUGCUGCUAGCUUUGGGAAUCUUACGGUGCUGCCACUGCGAGGGGUCGGUGGCAGCGAGGACUAGCGAUGCAGGCAAAGGGAACGCCAAGGACGAGGGUUUAAUGUCCCACGAACGAGUCAAGAGGGGGUGGGUGUGGAACCAGUUUUUUGUGGUGGAAGAAUACACCGGCACCGAACCUCUUUACGUUGGAAAGAUCCACUCGGACUCGGACGAGGGAGACGGCUCCAUCAAGUACACCAUCUCCGGGGAGGGGGCGGGAACCAUCUUCAUCAUCGACGAGAUCACGGGGGACAUCCACGCCACCGAGCGGCUGGAUCGCGAGGAGAAGACCUACUACACGCUCCGCGCGCAGGCCAGGGACCGCCUGACCGACAGGCCCCUGGAGCCCGAGUCCGAGUUCGUCAUCAAGGUCCAGGACAUCAACGACAGCGAGCCCAAGUUCCUGGAGGGGCCGUACAUCGGGAGCGUGGCCGAGCUGUCGCCUAUCGGCACGUCGGUCAUGAAAGUCACGGCCUCGGACGCAGAUGACCCCACGUACGGCAGCAGUGCCCGGGUGGUGUACAGUGUCCUGGAAGGGGAGAAGUUCUUCACUGUGGACAACCAGACUGGCGUGAUUCUGACAGCGGUGGCCGAUCUGGACCGGGAGACCCAGGAUCGCUACGAGCUUGUCGUCAAGGCGACGGACAUGGCAGGCCAAAUGGGCGGCCUCUCCGGCUCCACCACGGUGACCAUCGUGAUCACGGACGUCAACGACAGUCCGCCUCGGUUCCCACAGAAGAUGUACCAGUUCUCGGUUUCGGAGGGGGCUGCCGUGGGGACGCCGGUGGGGCGGGUGAUGGCCACGGACGCUGACAUGGGGGAGAACACGGACAUGAGCUACCUGAUUAAAGACGAGGAGGGCGGAGAGCUGUUCCGCGUGUCCACCGACGGGGACACCCAGGAGGCCAUCAUCACCAUCCGAAAGCCCUUAGACUACGAGAACAAGCGCACCCACAACGUGGUGGUGGAGGCCGUCAACAAGCACGUGGACCCCCGCUUCGUGGACCUGGGCUCCUUCCGCGACCAGACCAUCGUGCGGGUCACCGUGACGGACACGGACGAGCCGCCCGUGUUCCGCCCACCGGAGGGGGCCAUAAUGGAGGUGCAGGAGGACGCCCGACUGGGCGCGCUGGUGGGCAUCGUCACGGCGAUGGACCCCGACAUGGAGAACGCUCCCGUCAGGUACUCCAUCGACCGAGGCACCGACCAGGAGAAGAUCUUCAACAUCGACGCGGUGACGGGGGCCAUCACCCUGGGGAAGAUCCUGGACAGGGAGACGGCGGGAUGGCACAACAUCACGGUGACGGCGGUGGAAGCAGAUAACCCGUCCAUGGCCUCCCUGAACGCAGUCAGCAUUCGCAUCCUGGAUGUGAACGACAACCCCCCUGAGCUCGCCACGCCCUACGAGGCUUCCAUCUGUGAGGACGCUAAGCCUGGUCAGCUCAUUCACACCAUCAGCGUGGUGGACAGGGACGAGCCUCAGUCCGGGCAUCGGUUCUAUUUCACCUUGGUACCCGAGGCCGCCAACAACCGUCACUUCACCCUGUGGGACGUGAAAGACAACACGGCGGGCAUUAGGACCCAGCGGGCGGGCUUCAACAGGCAGGAGAAGAACGUGUACCUGCUGCCCAUCCUGGUGGUGGACAGCGGGCCCCCGGCCCUCAGCAGCACGGGCACGCUGACCAUCCACGUGUGCGGCUGCGACACGGAGGGCGCCAUCCAGUCCUGCAACGCCACGGCCUACGCCAUCACCGCCACGCUCAGCCCCGGGGCGCUCAUCGCACUGCUGGUCUGCGUGCUGAUCCUCAUCGUGCUGGUGCUGCUGAUCCUCACCCUGAAGCGGCACCGCAAGGGCCAGCGCAUGGCCGAGGACGAGGAGGACAUGCGCGACAACGUCAUCAAGUACAACGACGAGGGCGGCGGCGAGCAGGACACCCAGGCGUACGACAUGAGCGCCCUGCGGAGCCUCUACGACUUCCCCGAGGUCAAGGGCUCGGAGGCGGGGCCCGACCUGCGCUCGCUGCCCCAGUGGAUCCAGAGCCACGCGGCCGGGGACGCCGCCGCCGACGCCGGCGGCGCCGCCGACUUCUCCGUCUUCAAGGGCUACAUCCGCAAGAAGGUGGAGCAGGCGGACGCCGACCUGUCGGUGCCGCCCUACGACUCCUUCCAGACGUACGCCUUCGAGGGCUCGGCCUCGCCCGCCCUGUCGCUCAGCUCCAUCCACACGCUCUCCACCGCCUCCGAGCAGGACUUCUCCUACCUCAGCGACUGGGGGCCCCGCUUCCGGCAGCUGGCCGGCUUCUACUCGCUGGGGCCCCCGGAGGAGGAGGGCUCCUAGCGCCCCGAUCCUCGCGCGAGGGGUCCUCCCCCCCGGGUUCUGUCUGCCGACCCCCCCCCCCCCC